AUGGAGGACUAUUUGCUAUUGGGUAAUCAAAGCAUAGAUAAUUACAGCAAUAACAUACAUCGACAAUCGACUCAUCAAACUAAUCUCGAACAAGAUAAAUCGUCAAUUGAAAAUAAACCUAUUCCAAAUUACUAUGAAUGGUCUUUAUGUGAUAUCAAUUCUGCUCAUAAUGAUCUUUUCAAUCAAAUGCCUUCUCAACGUUCACAAAAUCUACCCAAACUCGAGUCAUUAACAUAUUUUAAUUGUAAAAAAACUGGUGAAUUUUCUCUAACAUACGAUAGAACUAUUCGUGGAGACUACAUUUAUGCACAGCAACAGUUUGGUACCAGUCGAAUGAGUAGACCACAUCCUUUACGUAAUUCAAUUCCAUGUGAAGAACAAAGUCGAUGGAUGCCGAUUCGAUCAUCAUCAAUGAUUGGAAGACGCGCUCAUUUACCAUUAGACUUAUUUUAA